CCUACAUCCACACGCACUCCGAUCCAGCCCGCUGCCCAACCCAUCACACCCACGCACCACCCCACACUUCAACUCCACCUACCCAAACCCCCACCACAAUGGUGCACAUCGCCAUCGCCGGUGCCUCCAGCGGCCUGGGCGACUCCAUAUCCCGCGCCGUCCUCUCCAAUCCCGACAACAAGCUCACAGUUCUCACUCGGGGCCGGCAACCCCAGCUCACCUCCCUCGGCGCCAACGUCAUGGUGGUCGACUACACCUCGAUGCCCUCGCUGACCGCGGCGCUCAGCGGCGUGCACACGCUGAUCUCGUGCGUGUGGGCUCCGGGCAGCAACCUCGCUGUCACACAGUCGCUGCUUGCGGCCUGCAAAGCCGCCGGCGUAAAGCGCUACGCGCCCAGCGAGUUCGCGACGGCCGGGCUGGCUAAUAAGAGCAUCGCCUUGUAUGCGCAGAAGGAUGAUGUGUGGAAGCUGGUCCGGGAGAGUGGCCUCGAGUACACCGCGUUCCGCCUGGGUGUGUUCAUGAACUACCUCAGUGCUGGCGCACCGGGGGCGGAGCAGCAGGCGCUGAAGUUGUUUCCCGUCGUGGUGGAUGUGAAGGCGCGCACGGCGACGAUUCCGGGGACCGGAGAGGAUAGGGUCAGUUUCACGGCUAUCGAGGAUGUGGGACGGUUUGUGGAGGCGGCGUGUCAGCUGGAGAAGUGGGGGGUGGAGAGUACUAUGUUCGGUGAGACGUGGAGUUAUAAGGAGGUUGUGAAGCUGGCUGAGGAGGUCACUGGGGAGACGUUUGAUGUGAAGUAUCUAUCUAGGGAGGAGAUCAGCGGCAGGAUUGAGGAGAAGAAGGAUGACGUGAUGGGGAAGUUCUACGAGGAGGUGCUGGUGGCUAUUGUGGAUGGUCUUGGUGAGGUCAAGGGGGAGCUGAAUGAGCUCACCGAUGUCAAGCCGAUUGGUGUCAAGGCUUUCUUGGAGAAGUGGUGGGGCAAGAAGUAGGGACUGAAAGUCUG